AUGUCAUUAAUGAGAGAAGAAGAAUGGGACGAUUCAGAUCACACACCAGAGAUCAAAUCAACAAAAUCAAUUAAUAGUCAUUCAUUAUCAUCAUUACAGCAUCAGCCAUUAUCUGACGACUUUAUUAAAUUUAUUGAACCAAAAUCUCAAAUUCCAAAUUCAAACUCGAACACUUUAGGACAUCCAGUAAAGAAAUUUGCAUUGGUUAUAAUGGUAAUAUUGGCAAUAUCAUUACCAGUGGCCUCCUAUGUUAUAGCAAAUAAAGUUUCACCAGGAGGAUUGGAUAUACCCUUAACAGCUUUUGGUUUAUCUUCAAUUGCAAUGGCAUUAUUUAUAGUUUACUUUUACAAAGUUCAUGGUGCAAAACCAUAUAUCAAGUCGAAACCAAUCGUUAUUUUAAUGGCACUCAGUUUCCUAUUUUAUUCAUUAUAUUUGGUCCUAUAUGCAAUGUACUUGGUUAGACCAUUCUAUGACGAAGAAACUAAAGAGUAUAGUGGUAUUAGUUGGCUAAUUAUCGUUGUAGUACUUUAUUUCCAUUUUACAGUAUUCCUUCAGUACUCUCUUUUAGCACAAUGCUCCUUGCGUUCAAAGCCAUAUCUUUAUUUAAUUUCAUACCCAUCAUCCAUAUUUUUCACAUCAAUUAUCCUCUCAAUUCCAUUGUAUCUUUUUGUCGGUUUCAUUCCACCAAAAAUUUCAUCAUUUUUAAUGUUAUUACCAUUUGCACUCGGUUUAAUUGGUAUUUUCCAAACUUUAAGAACUAGAUCACCAAAUAAAUGGUCAGUCAAAGAAAUUUACGUUAAAUCCUCGGUCGAAGAGGAUGAUCAAUUAAUCACCAAGCGUUCAAUGAAACGUGUAGUUUCAAAAACUCCAAAAGAUACUGAAAUUGUCGACUUUAAACAACCAUUAUCAAUCAUCCAAAUUGCAGAUCCACAUAUUGGUCCAAUGAUGUCAAUCGAACGUCUUCAAGAAAUUUGUGAAAAUACAGUCAAACUCAACCCAGAUUUAGUAUUACUUACAGGUGAUUUCUUUACCACCGAAUCAUUUAAUCCAGAAAAUUCUUUAGAGAUUGCCUUAUCACCAUUAAAAAAACUACCAUCACAUAAACUUUUUGCUUGUUUGGGUAACCAUGAUUAUGAAGAAGGAUGUUUAGAAAUUUUAGAAAGAGCAUUGGAAUCAAUUAAUUGUACUUUGCUAGUGGAUAGAUGUGUUUUGGUUGAAACAAGAAUUGGUAAAGUUCAAAUUGUUGGUUUUGAUUAUCGAAAAAAUCAAAGACAAGAACAUAUCACCCAAGUUUGUUCAUCAUAUCCACCAAUCCCAGGUGUACCAAGAAUUGGUUUGCUUCAUGAUCCAGGAGCUUUUAAAUUCAUUCCACCAGAAUAUGGUUUAAUAACAUUCUCAGGUCAUACACACGGUGGUCAAAUUGGUUUAAAUUGUCUUGGUGUUAAUAUAAGCUUAGUUGGUUUAACUGGUAUGCCUGAUCAUUCUUUAUGGCAAAAUGGUAACAAUUAUUUAUAUGUACAUACUGGCCAAGGUUGCAGAAGCUUUUUAGGAACUAUGGUUUUAAGAGUUGGUGUUCCUACAGAAGAUAGUUUAUUACAAGUGUUUUUCGAAAACUAA